AUGCAAACGUUCGAGCGCUCCGACAUCUCGUGCGAGGGCCAAACGGAGAGUGGGUCCGACACCGCUGUCUUCAUGAUGGAACCUGGUGCCACCCUCAAGAACGCCAUCAUUGGCAAGAACCAAAUGGAAGGUGUCCACUGUGAUAAGCACGACUGCACCAUUGACAAUGUCUGGUGGGAUGAUGUCACAACGGAUACGGCACCGUCGAGAUCGACGGCUUCUAUGGUGAAGAUAUCAGCAAGCUCUACCGUUCGUGUGGCACUUGUGGUGACAGACCGAAGAAGGUGUCAGUGUCCAAUGUGUACAUCGUGA